AUGAAAGAAAAUGAGACAGAGGUCACAGAAUUCAUCCUAAUGGGCUUUUGUCUUGGCACCAAGAUUCAUAUCGUCCUUUUUGGGGUUUUCUCUCUCUUCUACGCCUUCACCCUGUUGGGGAACGGGCUCAUCCUGGGCCUCAUCUGCCUGGACCGCAGGCUGCACACCCCCAUGUACUUCUUCCUCUCCCACCUGGCCAUCGUGGAUAUCGCGUACGCCUGCAACACGGUGCCCCAGAUGCUGGUGAACCUGCUGAGCCCAGCCAAGCCCAUCUCUUUUGCUGGCUGCAUGACACAGACCUUUUUCUUUUUGGCUUUCGCACACACUGAAUGUCUGCUCCUGGUAGUGAUGUCCUAUGACCGCUAUGCAGCCAUCUGCCACCCUCUGCGCUACUCUGCCAUCAUGGGCUGGAGGCUCUGCAACACUUUGGUGACCACUUCCUGGGCAUGUGGCUCGCUUCUGGGGCUGCUUCACACAAGCCUCAUCCUUAGGCUGCCCUUCUGUGGGCCUAAUCAAAUCAACCACUUCUUCUGUGAAAUCCUCUCUGUUCUCAAACUGGCCUGCGCUGACACCUGGAUCAACCAAGUCGUCAUCUUUGCAGCCUGUGUGUUCAUCCUAGUGGGACCCCUGUGCCUGGUGCUGGUCUCCUACUCGCGCAUCCUGAUGGCCAUCCUGAGGAUCCAGUCAGGGGAAGGCCGCAGGAAGGCCUUCUCCACCUGCUCCUCACACCUCUGCGUGGUGGGGCUCUUCUUUGGCAGCGCCAUUGUCAUGUACAUGGCCCCCAAGUCCCGCCACCCUGAGGAGCAGCAGAAGAUCCUUUUCCUGUUUUAUAGCUUUUUCAACCCCAUGCUGAACCCUCUGAUCUAUAGCCUGAGGAACUCAGAGGUGAAGCGUGGCCUGAGGGGGGCGCUGUGCAAAGCAAGUCAUUCCCAGGAGCUGUGA